AAAGGGUGUCUGUAUUCUUCUAUUGCAUGUUGCACAUAUCAUAUCAUUUCAUAUCUUUAUCUUCUGAGAGAGAGAGAGAGAGAGAGAGCGAUUUCAGCUUAGCAGGAACAGUGAGGCCUUUUCAUAGCAGAGCUCUUUUUGGGGCUUUCGAAAGAGGAAAACAGAAAUAAUACACCAGCUUAUUUGUAAAGAAGCAGAGAAAAUAGAUACAUGGAAAAGAGGAGGAUGAAAAGGGUGUCUGUAUCUCAUCCAUUUCUUUUGUCCUUUUAAUCAAUUCCAUGCCCAACCUCAACCUCCCCUUUUGUCCUCUUCAUAAAACAACCUAUAUCAAUUUCCCUUUUCUAAAACCCCCCUUUGUGGAUCAGAAACUCAGAUAGAAGCUUUGAGAUUGUGAAACCAAAAGAGAAAGAAAAAAAAAAAAAAAAAAAAAACCAAACCAAAAUGGUGACUGGUUGGAGAAGAGCGUUCUGCACAUCCAUCCCCAAAGAUAGAGAAACCAACAAAGUAAUAUCAACAGAGAAGCAUCAAAACCAGCAUUGCGAGAAUAGCAAUCGGAGCCCCAGAAUCAGCUCCAAGUUUGGAUUUUUCUCCAACCCAUCAACACCUCGCUUGCAAUCUCAACCAGUCUCAAGCCCAAGUCUCCGGUGCCGAACCUCCCUCACCAACACCGCAACACCCACUUCAUCGGUACCCAAUAGCCCAAAACUCCAAUGCAAAACCGCAACUACUCCAAUGAAAAACAACAGCCCAAGAUUGUUCCAGCUCUCCAAUCCUCCUUCCCCCAGAUCACCCUCCAGCUUCUCACUCCUCAAAGCUACGUUAAGACUCUCCAAAAGUAGAUGUGGAAUCUGUUUACAGAGCGUGAAGUCAGGUCAAGGAACAGCCAUUUUCACCGCCGAGUGCUCUCACACUUUCCACUUCAAUUGCAUUUCUUCCCACAUCAAAAAGCACCGACUUUUGGUUUGCCCUGUUUGCACCACUAACUGGAAGGAACUACCUUUGCUUGCUUUCCACCAGAACCCAGUUAGCCAAUCAGAGCAUAAUGACAAUAACAAAGUCAGAGACGUCAAAACCAAGACUUUGAGAGUAUACAACGACGAUGAGCCAUUGAUGUCUCCCACUUCCGGUGCUCGCUUCAAUCCCAUACCGGAAUCGGCUGACGAAAACGAAGAAGACCAAAACGACACCGUCGAGUUCCAGGGCUUUUUCGUUAAUUCCACUCCUACUGAUGUUUUCAGACACGUGGAUGUGAGUUUGUUGCCAGAGGCCGCUGUGGUUGCUGUUGGAAAGAAUUACGAGUCGUACGCUGUCGUUUUGAAGCUGAAAGCUCCGUGUGGAAGGACGUCGUCUUGCUCGGCGCGUCGAGCUCCGAUUGAUUUAGUGACCGUGGUUGAUGUCAGUACAAACAUGAGUGGGCCCAAGCUGGUGAUGAUGAAACGCGCUUUGCGUUUGGUUGUAUCGUCGCUCUGUGCCACUGACCGUCUCUCUAUCGUUGCGUUCUCAGCCACUUCGAAGCGGUUGUUGCCGUUAACGAGGAUGACAACCAACGGUCGUAGAUCCGCGAGGAAGAUGGUCGACGCGCUGUGCUGCGUUGGGCAGGGCGCGUGUGCUAACGACGCGCUCAAAAAGGCUGCGAAGGUUCUUGAAGAUCGCCGAGAGAGAAACCCAGUUGCGAGCAUAAUGCUUCUAUCGAACGAGAGUGGAUCUGAUCAUUCGGUCAAUCACAAGCGCAACUCUCCCGUCGUGUCCUCCACGCGCCUCUCUCAAAUCCCUGUCCACACCGUGUGUUUCGGCGCGUGGGACCACGAGGACGCGUUUGCUAAAUGUGUUGGUGGUUUGUUAAGUGUUGUGGUCCAGGAUCUUAGAAUUCAACUCGGGUUCGCUUCUGGGUCCGCCCCGGCUGAGAUUGCUGCGGUUUAUUCGCUAACGGGUCGACCGGCUGCUCUCGGGUCGGGUUCGGUUAAACUUGGUGAUCUGUACGCCGAGGAAGAAAGAGAAUUACUGGUGGAGUUGAAACUGAAAGUGAAAUUACCGGCUUCCUCGAUUGGGCCCCACUAUGUUUUAACCGUACGGCCUUCUUACAAAGACCCAACCUCGCAGGAACUCGUGUUUUGCAAAGAACAGGCACUCCUCGUACCUCGUCCACAGCCCGUUCGAUCUUCAUCUCCGAGCAUCCAACGGCUGAGGAAUCUCCACGUCACCACUCGCGCCGUGGCUGAGUCUCGGCGCUUAGCGGAGCACAACAAUUUGUCAGGAGCUCACCACCUUUUGACCUCGGCUCGAGCCUUGUUGAUGCAGUCGAACUCCGAGUCGGCUGAUGAGUAUAUUCGCGGCUUGGAAGCGGAGCUAGCCGAGCUGCACAAGCGAAGACUGAGUCAGCUGCAAAGCCAAAGGCAAAGAGGAAACGAACGUGUGGAAGAGAAGCCGGAGCCGCUUACGCCGACGUCGGCUUGGAGAGCCGCUGAGAGAUUGGCUAAAGUGGCUAUCAUGAGGAAGUCAAUGAAUAGAGUCAGCGAUUUGCACGGCUUUGAAAAUGCAAGAUUUUAGUUGUUUUUUUUUUUUUUUUUUUUUUGGGUUCCCUUAAUUUUUAAU